GGUUGGGCUAAGUGUGCGUAUUCGUCUAAUGUGUGUGUGUUUGGUUGAAAGGGCGUGGUUAGUAUGCAGGAUUCGUUAAAUCGCCCGAUUAACGGUAAACGACGACAUGUUAUGAACGACGUGUUUUCACGAGUGUUCCCACUAAUGAGUCGUAUAAUUGAGAUCAUGGAAACUGAUGUCAAACCGAUGGCGAGUAAGGGGGGACACUCGUCAAGAAGGGAGUGUGUAGAUUUCUCCUGCAUAAAUCCACUCUAUACUGAUUGAAAAAGCCCUGAUGCACCUAGUCUAAUCACAGCCCAAAUAUAGGUUUUGUGAAUCAUAACAUAACAUAACAUACAUGAAGCUGGGCAGCUUUAAUAAUCCUUCACUUAGUAAAGCAUAUGAGCUUGGAUCCUGGAUAUGAUAUAAAACAGUUAGUGCAGUUUUCUGUUGUUUGGAGUGUUGUGGUGUAUAUGGCCAUUUUUACUAAUCGGAUCCGACUGUUU